UUUUUCUGAGGUAAAAUUUCUUCGAUAAUAUAAUGGCAGGAUCAAGACACACAUUGCAUUGAAUUUGACGGUUCAACAGUGUCUCAGGGACCUACAUACUGCCUUUAUAACCCAAAAGUUGUUAUGAACUUUGAUUAUGAUACAACAACAGAGGUGAUUCUUCAUCAACAAAACCUCAUCAAAGCAAUUUAUCCAGAACCUUAUAAUGAUGAAUUGUAUACCAUUGACUGUCAGCGCUCACUUGAAGUUGUAAUGAUUGAAAUCACCUCCCCGACUAUUCAAAAAGAUACUCCUUUCACAUGCCUUGUUUACGAUCUGUCAUUGGUGGAAUCGGUAAUGUGUAAUACUGAACAAACAAAUAAUCCUGGAAAAAUAUAUCUGAGAAGAACACGUGGUCGAUUUUUCAGCUUCGCGUUCGAGAAAUUCAUUGAUGGUAACUUGUCAUUUAAGGCGUACAUAUCAAGUAUAGAAGCACACAAUGGUGAGCCAUGUUUUGAAAGUAUUAAAAUAGAUGACAACCAGAUAAAUGUUUCCUCUGCGCAUCCAAGACAAAUACUGUCAGAUACCAAAUAUAUUUUCACUGGCUGGAUUCAUGACAUUACCGACCAGACACCUUGGAUUUUGGUGGAUCUGAUUGCUGUAACAACAAUAGAAGGAGUUGGUAUUUACUUUUCCAAAGAUUGUGACAUAUGGACAACUUUUAGUUUACAUUAUGGCACGAAUAAAGAACAACUACAUCUAUACAAGCAUAUGGAAUUUAAGAUAUUGCCACCUGAGUACGUUUUAGAAGAAGAACAAUCUUUCGUUUUUCCUAGUCCAAUCAAAGCCAGAUACGUAAAAUUCAAUGAUUCACAUGAAACCCCAGCAGACAAACCCAGAUGUCUUUUUUUCCAAAUGUUCGGCUGUAAACUGACACGUAAGUAG